UUUAUUUUUUAUUUCGUUUUAAUUUUGUCUUCUUUUUGUUUGAUCUAUGUAGUAAUAUACAUAAAAUAUAAUAUUUAUUUAUAUAUUAUAGUGUUUGUAAAUAGCAAAGCAGCUUAUUACAUGUCGAACUCAAAAUCUGUAUUUAAUUUAUGCCAUGUUAAUUAUAAGACUCCUGACAAAAUGAUGUCUUCAAAGAGUGAAUUGAAAAAAUUGUCUGAAGAAAGCUUGACCAGGCAGCCGGAAGAAGUGUUUGACAUAAUAUGUAAACUCGGAGAAGGAUCCUAUGGAAGUGUUUUUAAAGCGCUGCAUAAAGAGUCUGGCCAAGUGCUUGCUAUUAAGCAAGUGCCGGUUGACACCGAUCUUCAGGAAAUAAUAAAAGAAAUAUCCAUUAUGCAACAAUGCGAUAGUCCCUAUGUAGUUAAAUAUUAUGGUUCAUAUUUUAAAAAUACUGAUUUAUGGAUUGUUAUGGAAUAUUGUGGUGCUGGUUCAGUAUCUGACAUCAUGAGGUUAAGAAAAAAGACACUAUCGGAAGAUGAAAUAGCCACUAUAUUGUCAGACACACUUAAAGGACUAGAGUACUUACAUUUAAGGAGAAAAAUACACAGGGAUAUUAAAGCUGGAAAUAUAUUGUUAAAUUCAGAGGGACAUGCUAAACUAGCUGAUUUUGGGGUUGCAGGACAGCUGACUGAUACAAUGGCCAAAAGAAAUACUGUAAUUGGAACUCCAUUUUGGAUGGCACCUGAAGUAAUCCAAGAAAUAGGAUAUGAUUGUGUUGCUGAUAUGUGGAGCUUAGGAAUAACUGCGUUGGAAAUGGCGGAAGGCAAACCUCCAUACGGUGAUAUACAUCCGAUGCGUGCCAUAUUCAUGAUACCGACUAAACCACCACCUUCGUUUCGAGAACCAGAUAAGUGGUCUCCAGAAUUUAUUGAUUUUGUUAGUCAAUGUCUAAUUAAAAACCCAGAAGAACGAGCAACAGCCACAAAAAUGUUAGAUCAUGAAUUUAUUGGUAAUCCAAAGCCACCAGAAAUUUUGAGUCAGAUGAUUGCUGAAGCAAGAGAAAUUCGAGAGAAUCAAACUCUUCGUUCUAAUGCUUCCUGUUUAUUAAAAUCAGCUGAAUCCAAAGAUCAAAGUUCAAAAGACGAUGAUAUUGACAGUCGUACAAUGAUAGUAGAUGAUAGCACCCUUGUACCAGAUAAAUCAAAAGGGACAAGUUUAAAAAGUAAUUCAUUAGUAGAAGAAUUGAGAACAAUGGUAAUUAAUAGCGAUGGAGAAGAUGAUUCCACAAUGAAAAGGCAUGAUACAGGACCUGAAGAAUCGGGUAAAAAGUAUAGACCCUUAUUCUUAGAUCAUUUUGAUAAAAAAAUUGCAGAAAAAUCAAAAAACGAUAAUUUUGAUGUGGGAAACAAAUUAUUUGGUGAUAGACCAGAUUCUGCUCAAGAUGUUUCUCAAAUUGAUGAAUCUGAAAAAACUAUAACUUUACAUCAAUUUCCUAUGCCGCAAAUAAAUUGUAAGCCUGAUGGUAAUCUACCAACAGCUCCUCAUCAAAACCGAUACUACACACCAAUUGUUGAUGGAGACUUUGAUUUUUUGAAGUUUUUAAGCUUUGAUGACUUGCAACAACGAAUGUCCAAUUUGGAUUCUGAAAUGGAACAUGAAAUUGAUGAGCUGAGACGUCGCUAUCAAACAAAACGCCAACCAAUACUUGAUGCUAUGGAUCAAAAGCGUAAACGACAACAAAACUUUUGAAAUAUUUAAAUUCUGUACAAUUACAGUGUUAACAUUAUAGUUACAAACAAAUUAAUGGCUAACUCCAGAUUUCCCCAAUUAAGGUGCUAUAUGUAUAAUAUGUACGCCUGUCAGUAACAGGCCAGGUAAUAUUUAUGAGCCCAACUUCCCAAUUUAUUUUCAAAACAUAAUAUUAUAACUGAUAAAUUAAUGUAUAAAUUAUUAUUUUAAUAGCCUUAACAAAAAUCUAAGUCAUUUAUUCUGUUUUAAGUAUUAUUUUAAAACAAGGUUUUUUAAUCAUCUGAUAGUAUCAAGAAUAUAUGACGACUAUAGAAAUCAAAUAUAAUUUCUACACAACUAUCCCAUAUUUAUUUUAAAGAUCUUACAACAUUUCCAAACACAUUUUUAUUUUAUUUUUUAUUAAUACUUACAUUACUACAAAAAGUAUAAGAAAAUAUUUAAAAAUAAUAGAAAUAUAAUGUGUAUUGAUGCAUUAAUCGGUUAUACAUUGUGACAGAAUAGGAUUUAAUAUUAUUAUUUUUUAUAUAAUUUAAAUUUGUCCAAUAAUUUUUUCGUCUUCCUUUAUUUUUCUCUGUUUUUAAGUAACUUCAUAUAUUCAUAACAAAGAAUAGACUUUGUCAUUAAAUUAUGGCUUAUCUUAAUGGGGCUAAUAUAUCUUUGUUUAAUACUGAUAAAAAAUACCUUAUAUUUUUGGGCUUAUAUAAUGUUUAGUUGUAUAUUCUAGAAAUCAAAAAAUACAAUAUAUUUUAUCUAUGUUAAUAUUGGAAGAAUAUAAUCUUAGUAUGAAUAAAAUAUGAUGGCCUAUAGUUGUAUUAAAAAUGAUUCAAUUCCAUAUAAUUCAUAACUAUAAUUCAGAUUAGGUUGUAUAUUUUUGAUUUUUUUCCAUCAUAUAACAACUUAAUUAGAUAUAUUAAUAGUAUUUUGGAAUUGUUUGGCUAAAUAAAAAUGACUGCACAAAUCAAAUUUAAUUAAGUAUAUUUUAAUUACAAUUUUAUAUUUAAUUGGAGCAAUAUGCAAAUCAUGUACUAAAAUGUUAAAAAUGUAGACAGGACAGGGUGCAAAAGUUGUAACCAUAAUCGAGAUUCAAAGACUGGUUAUUACUUAUUUUUUUGAUUUUAUUUUUAGAUGAUUUGCAUUUUCAGUCCGUUUCUUUAAAUUAUAAUUAUUGAAUGUGAAUGAUAUAGGUAACUAACUAUUGCUUUACUAGUGUAAAAAAAAAA